CAGGUUUUUCGACAAGAAAGACUUCCGCAUAGGAUACACCUGUGUAUCCUCGCUCCUAGAUCCUCUGGAAGCUUCCUCGUUUGCAAUUAGAGAAUUGAUAUGUCCUUCAAGAUGGUUGACUUCGAUCAAUUUCCGGGUCACGGGCUGGAGGAGCGAUGAAACGGGGAAGCACCACUUUGAGUACUGAGAAGCACCCACGAGCCUUGUUCAAGGAUAGUUUACGAUCACGUAUUAUCUCGCGAGUAGAUACAAGCUUGGUGCGGACCAACCAGAGACGUGAAAUCAUACGACGCGCUGGAAACAUGGCCGCGCGAUGUGGGGACCCCAAAACAUAGAUCAAGGAUCAGAUUUAAUGGUUGCAGCAGUGGUGAUUCCCAAAGUGAGGCAGAAGCUCUACAGGACAUCAUCUGGGAUCCUGCUUCACCACCUCCAAUGAGGAAUGGAAGAGGAGCAGGAGAAAGUGUCAGAGUUGUGGAGAUAUCUGAGAUUGUCAACAGAAUUGCACCAAAUGAUGAGAAGUCUGUGGAUAAAGAUUCAGUGCUUCAGUGGAUUGGAGAUACUGCUGUUCCUUGCACUCCAGAGAUUCAGCAACCCAGAGUUCGGAGGUGCUCAGCACGUCGGCAAAGUAACAAUGUUGAGGACCUGAUGAAACUAGCUAAGCAGUUUGACCUUAACAUGACCCGCCAACACAAGGAAAGGAUUCUUGAGAGUCUGCAGAAUAGUGGGGGAACAAAUUGUAAGGACUUGCACAAGCUCAACAAACUCACUGCCACCCACCCAGAAUCGCACAGUAAUGGGGCUUCCGCUGGAGAAGCCAAAGGACUAAGCCAUGAGGAGGAGCUGCAUGCUCUGUUUGAUGGACCAACCCAGUACUUGAGUGGGAGACUAAGCCCUCCAUCACCUAACUGUUCACAGGAGAGCAGGACUGAAAAAACAGCUACUCAUGGAAUGAGACCAACCACUUCAGACAGCAAGAAUCUCCUUUAUGAUGCUCAGGUGUCAAAACCAGCCUUUGAUGAUGACUGGGAGAACGAUGAUCUUCUCAGUGACUUGUUUGUGCUAGAGGUGACUCAGAACCCUUGGAAUAUGAGCUCCUGUACAGCAAAGACCACUAGUCAGAUAGGGUCUGCUGCUUCUAUAAAAUGUGAACCUAUAAUGGUAGCCAGUUCCUCUGAAUCAAGCACCAGAGCUGGUUUACCUCAGUCUCACCAGAUUACCAGUUAUUACACUAGGUUUUCUUCAAAAAUUAGCACCAGUCUUAGUACUUUCAGGUCAGAUGGUCCUGUCCAGUCUGUUGCAAUUAAGCAACUUCCAAAAACUAGCCCUGAUUCAAUCAACACAGAUAGAAAGCAAAAGAUAGUUAUGACCAAUGUUGACCCCGGAGCCAAAGAUUUAGCCAGUUCAGCUGGAGCAUCAGGGAAGGACUUGGUCUCUGUGUGGGGUGAAGCUGAUGAUGAUGAUGAUGAUGAUGAUGAUGAUGAUGAUCUGCUUUAUCAGGCCUGUGAUGACCUGGAGCAAAUCUCAUCCAGUCAAGAGCAGCAAAAAGACAAGAAUACAACCAAGCCCUUAUGUUCCUCACCUGAAGUACUUCCAACCAUCACUACUAGUUCUUCAAGCAUGAGUAGAAACAGCAGAACAGUUCAAUCUCAGGAUCCCAUGAGCUACAAACAGCCUGUGUGUGUUUUUGCAUGCUCACAUUCAAUACCGAGUACUUCAGGUGUUCAUGGAAACAAGCAAAACUUGUAUGAAUCAGCUAGUGCUUCUCAAGUAAACGACGAUCCUAAAAACAGCAGGCAGCAGUACCAUUUCACUCAGCUGAUUCCUCAGCCUGUUACAGGACUGUCUGGAGAAAACUCCCAUCAUUCCACAUUCAAGAGGCAUCAGUCUGACCCACGGGCAUUGAGAAACAAAGUGUUUAUUGCAGCACAACCAGCAGUGAAGUGCUCUGCUGCUGAAAUUGAGAGGAAGAAGCAGGAGGCUAUAGCAAGGAGGAAAUUGCGACUGCAAGCCACUCAGAAGUCUGGUGCUCCCACAUAACCCUCCACAGAGGAGCCUGACGUCUUAAAAUGAAUAUCUGCCCUCUGACAUCUAAUGGAAUAAUUUUAGCUGUCUGAUUCUGUUACACACUGUUACACACUUUUGCCAUUUGACCUUUUUUCCCCCAAUUAUUUAAAUUGCUCCACAUUAAACCACCAGCAUAUUUCCUCAUUAUAAGCUGCUAGUUUGUGUGUAAAUACUAAUCAACCUUUUUUUUUUAAAUAGUGUUCUAGAAAAUGUUCUCUAAUUUCUAGUCCAUAUAAUUUCAUCAACAUAAUGAGACAAAAGAGCAGUUAUGAAUCAUUAAGAAAUACAGUUCCGUCUGAAACUAUUGGAAAUGGCAAGGCCAAUUCAUUUUUAUUUUUUUAUUUUAUUUGCUGUAGACAUUUGGGUUUGAUAUCAAAAUAUUAAUAUGAGAAGAGAGCUUAGAAUUUCAGCU